AUGGCGCCCUCCAAAGUUAGCAUUAAUCGGAUGUCGCAUGAUGUAAAGGUCCUCUUGGACGGGCCCCCAGUUGGUAUCUCGGCCUGGCUUCCCUGCGAGAACAAUGCGGCAACUGUUGAGGCGCAAAUCAUGGGGCCGGAAGGCACGCCAUAUGCCGGAGGCCUCUUCCAGCUACGGAUAUUGUUUCCUGACCGGUAUCCGCAUGAGCCACCAAACGUCAAGUUUAAAACGAAGGUGUAUCAUCCUAACAUCUCGCAUGAUGGGAACAUCUGCUUGAGCACCCUCAACAUGCCCCCCAAGGCCAGGGAGCUGAAGACGCACCCCCACUUGUUUCGGAGCCGAGCUGAAGAAUGGACUCGAAAGUAUGCGAAUCCAGAUGGCUGCCUGGCCGCCGCAGUAGCCAUAAGCUCGAUAGGGGGGCAGCCAUCGGCCAUCACUGCUGGGCAAUCUGGUGCCGGCGCCCAGGAGAAGGCCGGGAUGAACUUGGUGCAAGGAACAGGACAGGAGAAGGAACCAGUGCUGCCCGCAGCAACUGGAGGCAGGGCUAAUACAGACGAACCCGAGGUAUCUAGAGGAGGGCCUGCCUCGCUGGGAUCCUUGUCAGCGGCACAGCCAUUCGGACAGGCAACAGCAAUAGCAGCAGGAAAGGGUGAGAUGCCCACACGUGCACGCAAUCGCGUUGCCGUGAGAGAGGCCGCCGUGAUAGAAUUGGCCGAGGCAAAUCCAAAGGAGUCUUCGGAAAGCAAGGCCGUGGACUUUGACUCGACAGUCUAUAAUUCGGCAAAUCUGGGCAAUGGCACCAUCUUGUAUGAUGCGCGCGCUGCAGAGGCCUCCACCAGCUCAGAAACCGCCAGUGUGAGCGAAAUUGGGAACGGUAACGGCAAGGAAAAUGGUGUUAGCACUAACGGUGUGCACGCGAGCACCAGCAGCAAUUCCAAUGGCAACGGCGUGGUUGCCGCCAGCUCCCCCCCGGUAGACGCCCCUGCGGCCCCCAGCAAGCCUGCGGCUCCGAGCCCUCCAGUGAGCGAGGUGGCGCCCAUGUCGACUGUCUCUCUGGAUAACGCCAUGGACCCGCAAGCAGGUGGACAGAUAGAGACUGUGGCCGCCACAGCACCUGAGGCUAAGAAACCCACGACCGCGGCGGGUACCCCGUACAGUAACCCAGGCGGCCGAUGGAGCCAGUUCAAGACGUACUCCGUUUUCCAGCGCACAUUUGAGAUCUGGUCGUUCGCGUUCCAGUUCGCCUGGCGCUACGUGCUUCUAAACCAGAAGUUUACGUACGGCAAGGAGGGCAUGGUUCCGGAGGCAGUUUCCGCGCGCAAGAAGGAGCUGGCGAUUUGGCUGCGGGAGGGGCUGGUGCGCCUGGGCCCCACGUUCAUCAAGAUAGGGCAGCAGUUUUCCACGCGUGUGGACGUGCUGUCACCGGAGUUUGUCAAAGAGCUUGAGAAGCUGCAGGCAACCGCAUGGCUCCGUCACGACAACGUGCCCCCAUUUGAUCGGGAGGCAGCCCGCAGCAUCCUUGAGGCCUCCCUCGGCAAGCCCGUGGAAGAGGUGUUUGAAGAGUUCGAAAUGGAGCCCAUCGCCGCGGCGUCACUGGGCCAGGUGCACCUUGCACGCCUUCGUAGCGGGCAGCGUGUUGUGGUCAAGGUUCAGCGUCCCGGCCUCAAGGAUCUCUUCGACAUCGACCUGAAGAACAUCCGCGCACUGGCGGUGUGGCUGCAGAAGGUAGACCCCAAGACGGACGGCGCGGCGCGUGACUGGGUCGCCAUCUACGACGAGUGCAGCCGCAUCUUGUACCAAGAAAUCGACUACAGGCUGGAGGGCAAGAACGCGGACCGCUUCCGUGAGAACUUCGCAGACGUGGAGUGGGUCAAAGUACCCAAGGUGUAUUGGGAGUAUAGCGGGCAGGAGGUGCUGGUGCUCGAGUACGUGCCAGGUACCAAGAUUAACGAUGGUCCAGCUAUUGACCGGCUAGGUCUGGAUCGCAAGCGCCUGGCGCGUCUGUCUGUGGAGUCCUACCUGCAGCAGAUCCUGCGACAUGGCUUCUUCCACGCAGACCCUCACCCUGGUAACGUGGCAGUCGACCCCGCCAACGGCGGCCGUCUCAUCUACUACGACUUCGGUAUGAUGGGCAGCCUGGCUCCCGAGGUCAAGUCCGGACUGUUGGAGCUCUUCUAUGGCGUGUACAACCGGGAUCCGGAUCGCUGUCUGGAGGCGCUGACCACCAUGGGAGUGUACCUGCCAACGGGUGACAAGACCGCCGUGCGCCGCACCGCGGAGUUCUUCCUGAAGGGUUUUCAGGAGCGGCUGGACUCCCAGCGGGCGGAGCGCGAGGCCAAGGGCGUCGACUACAAUAAAUCCUUCAAGCCCCAGCGCACAAAGGCGAGUGCGGGAUCCUUCAGGGAGGAGCGACACGAUGAGGCGAAGGAGCGGCGCCGACAGAUCCUGGCUUCUAUCGGUGAGGAUCUGCUCCUGGCCGCAAACGACCAGCCUUUCCGUUUCCCUGCCACCUUCACCUUCGUGGUGCGCUCCUUCACCGUUCUGGAUGGCAUUGGGAAGAGCCUGGACCCACGGUUUGACAUCUCGGAGAUUGCGGCGCCAUACGCACGGGAGCUCCUGCUGGAAGGCAACCCGGUGGGCUCCAAGCUGCAGCGCGAGUUCAAGAAGGGCCUGGAGAACCAGAACCGCGCCCUCAAGAACCUGUUCGUGGGCCCCAACAAGAUCGACGACAUCGCCGUUACGAUGCAGCGCCUGGAGCGGGGCGACCUGAAGCUGCGUGUGCGUGCGCUGGAAGCAGAGCGCGCGCUGACGCGGGUUCAGGCCUGGCAGCGUGUCAUUGCAGCGGCCCUCGCUGCCUCGACGCUGGUGAAUAUCGGCACGGUGCUGUCGGUGUCGGCGCUGACGACGGGCGCCACUGCGUCCUUCGUAGGGGCUGCACUGUUUGGGUUCAUGCUGCUCAAGAACUACCUUAAGGUGUUGCAGCUGGAGAAGAAGGAGCUGCAGCUCUCGGGUCAAACUGUUUGAGCCGGAGGUCCUGUGCGUAAAUGGUUUGAGCGCGGGCUAGGGAACGAGGCCGUGGCGCUAGUUG